CUUUCUGCUUGUUAGAAAAUCUAUUGAAAAGAAGGGAAAGAUGACACCGGAGCAGAGCAGAUGCUGACAGGUUCGAGUGGCUUUAAAACUUUCUUGCCAGUCUGAAGUUUUUUUGUCUUUCUGAAGCAGUUUGAAAAUGUUUGGAAACACUGGAGCUUUCUCGUAUUCCCCGAGGGGUUUCUCACAGGACGACUUUCCUCAGCAGAGACAAGCUUUCCAACAAGACGACCUCAGGGGUUCUCCACUGCAGAGAAACAACAUGUCCAGACCCAGUGGAAAAUCAAUAUACAUGCAGAGGAAGGAGUACUCUGAGGAGCUGAGCAGACAUCCUGACAACUUUCAUGUCAGAGUGGAGCACCUGUUCACCUGUGAGCUGGACGGCCGGGACGUGAAGACGAUGGACGACUGCUUGGCUAAGCUCAAGAGGCUGGAUGCCAAAGGUCGCCUGUGGCCUCAGGAGAUGAUCAUGGAGGUUCAGGGUGGAUAUCUGCUGCUCAGUGACAUUGAGACCAAGUCAGAGCUGGAGUCGCUGCCUUUGAACUGCAUCCUGCAGACCAAAGCUGUGCUGGAUAGUUGUGCCUACAACUCUCUGCUGACAGUCACUGUGCAGGAACGCAACAAACGCAUCCCCCAGGUCUUUAUCUUCCAAUGCGAGGAGACCGGGGCGGGGCUUGUCAAGAGUGAUCUGGAUAAGGCAGUCCAAACAGGAGGUGAUGUUGUGGAACCACAGCGAGAGCAGUCUGACAUCAGGAGUAAUCUUGAAAAUAUCCUCGGUCAACAUGUUCCGGGAAGUUUUCGGCAGGCUGGGCCUCGUCCUAUGCAGCAAGAGACACCCCCACCACCACCAGACCACCAGCCCCCACAGUGGAGGAACAGAGAAACUGGAAAUAUGCCGCCUCCGCUGGUCUACACCCCACAAGAACCAAUGAUGCACCAUCCUGAUGUGCACGAGUUACAGAGCGGCCCAGAGGUCGCCCAGCAAACGGACACAGAGAGAAACACGGACAUCUUAAACCAUGUUUUAAAUGAUUUGGAGAUCUUCACGGGCAAAGUGUCCGCUGCAGCAAAUGCAGCUUCUUUACCACAAGACAACAAGAGUAAGAAGAAAAGUGGGCUGAGGAAGAAAAAAUCAAAGAAAGCUGCUUCGGCUGUCAGUCUGCCACCGUGGCAGGAAUACAUCUCAUGUCUUCAGAAAAUCAAAUAUGGAUUCAAUCUGCUGGGCCAGCUGGACGGGACUCUGACCAGCCCCACUGCUGCUGACUUUGUCCACAUCUUCUUCACUACUUUAGGCAUGUUACUGCCUCAGUAUCCUGCAGACCUGCCUCCCACUGUACUCUCACCCCUGCUGACAGAGGCGGCCCUGCAACUGCUCAGUCAGGUCGUUGACCCGGAAGAAGACUUCCUGUGGAGGUCUCUGGGAGACUGCUGGAACAUCCCCAGGUCCAGAUGGCCGGACGAUGAGGUCCCACUUUACAUCCCAGAAUUCUACGAUGGCUGGCAGCCGCCGCCCCCACCUCGCAUGCCUCCCUCGCUGCCUCACCAGAACGGUCCAAUGAGCAGGAGCAACAGCCAGCGCCUCCCACCUGGCCCCCGUGAGCCACCCCUGUAUAUGCGGGUCAUGUAUGACUUCAUGGCCAGGAACAACCGAGAGCUGAGCAUUAUGAAGGGUGAUGUUGUUCAGGUGGUUCAGAAAUCAAAGCAGUGGUGGCUCGUUCGUAACACCCGCAAUGAGGAAGGCAAUGUUCCUCAGAAUGUUCUGGAGCCGAUGAAGAGCGGCGGCCCGAUGGAAGAUCAGUUGGACUCUCAUGCUCCUGUGACUGUGGACAUGAACUCCUCACCUGCAGAGGUCAAAGCCUGGCUGGAGUUUAAAGGUUUCUCCAAAAUCACUGUGGCCAGCCUUGGGGUGCUGACUGGUAAACUGCUUCUGGGGAUGACCAAGGAUGAGAUUAGGACUGUGUGUCCAGAGGAGGGAGGCAGGGUCUUCUUCCAGCUGCAGGCCAUUAAGUCAGCAAUUGCACUGGCCAGUGAACCAUCAGGCAUGUACAGCGGCCGCUACUAAGGACCGGAGUCACUUCGUUUGUCUCCUGAAUUUUCAUCCACAGAUCAACAUCUGAAAUCUUUAUGUCUUGAUCUUUUUGUCAGAAAAUCUUUGCUUUCAGAAUUUCUGUUAUUUAAGGGAAACUCUUCUAUUGAAUGAAACUUUUCUGUAUAAUUCAUCGCUGGCUGUAAUGGUUAUGUUACUCAGUCCUAUUGCAUCUUCUCUAAUCAUAAUGUACCACUAGUUAUUUCAAGUACAUUGUGUAAUAGUUUUUCCCAACUGUGAUUAACUCAAAGUAUGUAGAUUUCUGUUCAAUCUAGCAUCAUUCCCUCUUGAUAAUUACAGUUAACCAAGUUUUGUGUCAUUGUUAGAUGUAUACUCUGAAAACUGAGUGUAUU